AUGGGGGAUCGCGCCCAACACCAGCCAUCUGGGCUGCGAGCUGCGGCCAAUACGUUGCCAUGGAUUUUGUUGACCACGGAGUCUACUGCGUUCGUCUUGUUAGCUCAUUAUUCACGAGUCAUGCCCCCCGCCGGUGGUAAACGCUACCUUACCUCUACAGCAGUCUUCCUGGCUGAAGUGGUUAAGCUAGCCAUCUCUCUCACAAUGGCGCUCUAUGACGUUUCAAAAACAGCACCAGCGUCUAUGCCCGCCACCUCCCUCUUUUUCUCCCUCACAAGCGCCGUAUUCUCAGGCGACAGCUGGAAACUCGCCAUCCCUGCCGCUCUGGACGUCUUGUCCAACUCCCUUCUAUACAUUGCGCUAUCUAAUCUGCGAGCUGCGGCCUUCCAAAUCACGUUUCAGCUGAAGUUUCUUACCACUGCGAUCUUUGGUCUGAUGCUUUUGAAGCGGAGCAUCCCUCCCCGAAAGUGGGGCUUGCUCCUCCUUCUCGUGGCGGGCGUGGCAUUGGUGCAAAUCCCCGAUGCGAGCCCCGAGCAGAUGGUGCAGGAAGACCACGCCAACCACCAUUUCCCCCGAUCUCUAGAGGAAUGGAAGGCUGUCAAGCAAGGUCUUGGUGCUGGUAGCAGCCUGCACAAGCGGUCUGCGACCUACGAGGGUAUCGAAGAGGAUAUCCAAACAGCCGACCCACAUUUGAACCCCACAAUUGGUCUCCUUGCAACCAUAGGGGCGUCUGUGGCGUCUGGUCUUGCGAGUAUCUUCUUUGAGAAAGUCCUAAAAGACAGCUCUAAACAUAUUUCUUUGUGGAUCCGCAAUGUGCAAUUGGCUGUCUACUCCGUCUUCCCGGCUCUCUUCAUUGGGAUUGUUUUCCGGGAUGGCGAGAAAAUCGCCGAAGAUGGCUUCUUCCAGGGCUACAAUUGGGCGGUGUGGUCUACCAUCAUCAUCCAGGCCUUGGGUGGCAUCGUUUCCGCCUUCUACGUCAGCCACGCGCAGAAGGACGCAAUGAGUUUGGCGACAACCGCCAACAUCAUUCUGAGCAUUGUUGGCAGCAUAUGGCUGUUUGACUUCGAGGUCACUGCAAGCUUCCUUCUGGGCUCAGCCGCAGUCCUGGUAGCAACGCACUACUAUGGAAACCCGAUCUUCAGCCCUGCAAUGGGUGCAUCUCGUCCACCCCCAAUCCGCAUCGACGCCUAUGAGAAGGACUCCGCAGGCCCCGAGGGCUCACCCUUGGCACCUCCCAACGACUUCUCCAUCAAACUUCCAUCUACACCUUUCCUCUCCGAUGGCAUGUCGUCGUCCCGUCCUACCUCACCUGGACCAGGUCAUGCUAGAGUAAGCUCUAGCCGGAAUGUAAGCGGUAGCGGCUAUUUCGAGGAGAAAUGA